GUCACGACCUGUAGCCCAUGCCCUGCGCUUGCCACAAUGGAUGUGAACUUUCGCAAAAUCGACGUUGAUGCUUUCGAUGAGGAUGUGCUACUGGAGAGCGAGCUUUAUGAUCCGGAUCCACGCACCCCAGAGCAAGCCGUCGCGGAGGUGAAAGCGAAGGCAGCCGAGGUUAGAAGCUCACUGUCAAAGGGAGACAUACCUGGCGCUUUGGCGACAAUUCUAGACAACCCACCAUACGGGUCUAAUGCCGAGGAGGCGAAGAACUUGACGUUACAAACCCUUGUCACUGUUCUCAACAGCACAAAGAGUGCAGACAUUCCCACUGUCGUCAAGUCUCUUACUUCGGAUCAUCAAGAUAAUCUGAUGAAGUACCUUUACAAGGGCAUGGCCAUCCCAGGCUGGGGAGACGUCAGUGGGAGUGUACUCCUUGGAUGGCACGAGAAGUUGACAGAGGUAGCAGGAACAGGAUGUAUUGUCAGGACUAUGACAGACCGCCGACUGGUAUGA